AUGGAGCCGCCUCACCGUGGAACGAGUGCCCUAGAGGCCCCCAUCUACGUGCUGGAGCGGGGAGGGGCAGGGCAGACGGACUCUCCAACGCAAUUUCAGACGGGGCCUACAGCGGGAGGCGAAGAAGCCACAGAGCUCCAAGUGUGCGCUCUGGAGCGCCAGCUUUCCGGUGCCAGCAGCGCCGACUCGGUUAGCAGCGUGUGCGAUCGCAGCGACGAUGGCGGCGGCGGCACCGCCCUGUUUGCCAACCAAGAUCAGGAUGAGCCACCCAUCGGGCAGCAGCAGCCGCCAGUGCCGCCAGUACAGCCGCAGCACCUGGCUGCCACAUUGCGCAGCGCUCAGCAGGCAACGGGCACCCAGCAAGCGGGGGUUGCUAGGGAGGUGGAGGGUCUGACCGCCUCGCCCAAGCACGUGUUCGUGUUCAGCACCGCUGGCAAGCCCAUCUACAGCUACCGAGGAGACGAGUCGCGCUUGGCAGGGUUGAUGGCCACUGCCGAGGCCAUCCUGUCGGUGGCGCACAGCAAGGGCCACACGUUGAAGCACGUCAGGGCUGGUCAACACGUGUUCGCGUUCCUAGAGCGCCCGCCACUGUGCUUGGUGGGGGUUUCAGCCCUGGCAGAGCCACCUGCAGUGAUGCGCAUGCAGCUGAUCCUGGUGCAUGGCCAGAUUGUGUCGCUGCUGACGGCCGCCGCGUUGAGCGCCAUGUUUGCCCGUAACCCCGGCUAUGAUGCUCGCAAGCUGCUGGGCGGUUCUGAAGGCAUGCUGUCAGCAUUAGUCGAUUCCUUCACUGCCGUGCCGGCGGUUCUACUGGGCGCCUACCCCUCACUGCCGCUGUUGGGUGGGGCCACCAAUGCGGUCCACGGGCUGGUGGUUGCGCACGGCGCAGUGGGUGCUGCGUGUCCGGCAGCGGGGGUAGCACCCAUGCAGCAGUGGGAUGUGCUGCUGCUACUGAACCUGCUGGGCGCCAACCAGUCGUUCCGGCACUCGGGCGAGGCCAUGACCCCCCGCCUGCAGCAGCAGUUGGAGGCGGUGGGCACGCUGCAGGCUGUUGUGCAAUGCGCCGAGCAGGAUGGUGUGACGCAGCAGGGCACCAAUAGCGGCAGCCGAAGCAGCAGGAGCAGCAAGACACUUCUGGCUGCUCAGAACUUGCCUGCCACAGCGGGUGGCGGUCCCUUUGGCUUCACCCCGCUGCUUCACUUUGUCUACAAGCUCAGCGGGCGGCAGCAGUACGUGAUGAGCCCAUUCAGCCUGCCGCUGGUGGCAGGAGGGCUGCAUCAGUCCAUAAUCGUCGCCUACUCCCAGCUGCGAGCGUCCAUGUUUGAGAGCAGUACUGGCGCCGCUGGCCCUCUGCAGCUGCUACGCUUUGAGAGGCGGUCGCGCUUUGUCAUUCUGGGCGCAGUGAGCGCCGAGACGGAGCUCUACAUGGCUUUUGACCCGUUGACUGACAAGGCAGAGGCGGCAGGAAACUUGACUCUGACCUCCUGCCGCCAGCUGUCUGCCAACUCAUGUGGCGCCGCCGCCGCGGGCGACGUGGCUCUGCAGGCAUUUUUCAUCCCUGGAUAUGACUUCGCAGGACUGGCCUCCCCCAUCCUGGGCAUGCUCUUCCCCAUCUACCAGAGCAUGCGAGCCCUUGAACAAAAGAAAAGGGAGCAGGAGACGCAGGGAGCCACCAUGGUGUACCGCCUGUUUGUCCGUCCCUUCCUGCUGGCAUUGGCGGAAAAGGCGCGUCGUGUGCCGGCGAUGGAGCCGUACGUGCGUGAUUUCACCCGUGCCGCCAAGGAGGAGCCUCCGCCAGUCACUCUGGAAGGUGCGCCUGGCACUGGCCGGUGGCCGUGA